UCCAGAGCUUCAAAGAGGUGGUAAAUGUCUGCCUUGUGCCAUCUGACCGACUUAUUACGCACCUUUUGCACCUUCUGUGUCGGACGGGGAAGUCCACGACAGAGCGAGCGCCGCAACACAACAGGUCACGCUGCCAAUCAAUGCCGAGUCUAUCAAGAUUACUUUUCCUUUUCUGCAUCUUGUUUUUAUUAUUAUUGAAUAUAAUAGUCGCGUGCAUGCUCCAGAGGAACCACACGUGUGCGCGCACUCUUUGAUCUGCUGCACAAAGAUGGUUCUGGACCACAGAAGCGCAUUUCGCGCCUCCGUUUUACUAGCGUGUGUGAUAAUCUGCAGUGAUGUGUUAUGUCCCGUCGGUGCCUACCUCUACAACAACCGCUACACAGGUGAUCAAGUCUUCAGAAUAACUCCAGGUAAUGACGAGGAGGUCCACGCGCUCCGGAAAAUGCUGACACGCAUGAAGGUGGACUUUUGGCAGCCCAACAGUGUUUCUCUCAUCUGUCAGAAUGCAACAGUGGACGUCCACGUGAAACGCAAUGACACGCGAGGCCUACAUGCACACUUAAAGCAGGAAAACAUCCAUUACGGGGUGUUAAUCUCCAAUCUGCAGAAGGAAAUUGAGAAGCAGACAGGAUCUCACUCGUCUCGCAAGCGGAGGUCAGAGUCUCAGUAUGACUACGAGGUUUACCACUCGCUGGAAGAGAUCCAGAGCUGGAUGUUUGAGAUGAACAGGACUCAUCCCUACCUCGUCGACAUGUUCUCCGUUGGGAAGUCGUAUGAGGGAAGACCACUGUAUGUGCUUCAGCUAGGAAAGAGAAGUCGUCCCCAGAAGAAAGCGGUGUGGAUCGACUGUGGCGUUCACGCCAGAGAGUGGAUCGGACCUGCCUUCUGCCAGUGGUUUGUUAAAGAGGCCAUCAACUCAUACCUGUAUGACUCCGCGAUGAGGCGACUACUCAACCAGCUCAACUUCUACAUCAUGCCAGUCUUCAACGUGGAUGGAUAUCACUUCAGCUGGACCACGGAUCGGUUCUGGAGGAAAACACGGUCCAAAAAUCACAAGUUUCACUGCCGAGGAGUGGAUGUGAACAGAAACUGGAAAGUGAAAUGGUGUGAGGAAGGUGCCUCCUCUCAUCCUUGUGACGACACCUACUGUGGUCCCUACCCCGAAUCAGAGCCUGAAGUCAAGGCUGUCGCCAAGUUCCUGCGCAAGCUCAAAAAGCGCGUGAAAGCCUACAUCUCCAUUCACGCCUAUGCCCAAAUGCUGCUUUACCCUUACUCCUACAAAUAUGCUGCGAUCCCCAACUUCAACUGUGUGGAGUCAGCCGCACACAAUGCAGUGACAGCCUUGUACUCUGCCUACGGAGUCAAGUACAGAUAUGGACCUGCCUCCACAACUCUGUACGUGAGCUCAGGCAGCUCCAUCGACUGGGCCUACAGGAACGGGAUUCGCUACGCAUUUGCAUUUGAGCUGAGGGACACGGGACACUUUGGCUUUCUACUGCCGGAAUCUCUGAUCAGUCCGACUUGCACUGAGACGAUGAGGGCUGUGAAGGCUAUCGCGACAGGUCUGCUGAAGAAGUGUGAGACAGACAGGAACAAAUUUCCAUAUAUAUGACCACAGCAGUGUAGGUCCGCACAGCGGCAACCCCCUACUUAUCUCAGUGCCUCCUAUUCCUCUGACAUUUCAUUUCAAUACAAGAUACCAAAGAAAGAACUGCGGAGAAUAACAACAGUAUGGAUGUGAAUUUUGUCUUGAACAUUGAUCACCUCAUUUGUCGUCCCUGAUCAGAUAUGAACUGAUGGUGGUGGGGGUUUCUCUGUGCCAAAAAUCCUAUAAGCAGCCAGCCUGUUUACAUAUACUGAGAUGAGAGUGCCAGUGAGCAUCCUGCUGGAUCAAUGGACUAUGAUCUGUGCCAUCUCUGCUCUGAAUAUGGCCCAGGUUUUUGCGUUUUUUUCUGACAUAUAAUCCUCUCAUAGUCCCCCGGGAUUUAUUGUUACAAAGAAAAAAAACAACAAUCAUGCAGAUUUUACUACAGUAUAAGCUUUUUUUAUUUCAGCAAACAGCAGUAAUAUAAGCACUUGAUACAGCAGCACUUUUAAAUAAAAUACACUAAAGAUUUUUUUAAUGUUAUCCAAAAAUGCUAUUCCUAAAAUAUUACCAUUGUAGUUUUAAAUGAGGAUAAAUAAAUUAUUCUGGAUGCUUUUUUUAAAAGAAAAAUACUUCAAAUUAGUUCUAUGACAAUGUUUAAUGUGUGCUGUUAAUGCCUUUAUUACUGCAACAUUGAUGGUGUACAUAAAAUGCUAUCAUCUGAAUAUCUAGGGUUUGAUUUUUGAUUUUUCCCCUCUCAGUUUCAUUUGGUUCAGUCUAAAAUGUGGAAAAGUCUGUCAGUUCUCAGCGUACUGUGUCAUUACUCAGGUAUGGAUCAAGUGCCAGAAAUGUUUGUCCUGUAUCUGUCUUGAAUAAAAUGUUGUUGUGUCA